GCUAACUAUAUAACCUAGAAAAAUAGUCUGUGCUGUCAAGUUUCUUGUAGCCAAAGAAGGGUAGCCAAGCAACGGCUGACUCCCAACUGAGAGAGGGAGAGAGAUGGAUCCAAAGCUGACGGAGGUUUCGCAACUGUUCGAGCGAUUCAAAGCCGCUUUCGUACGGAACGAUUUUGAUACCUGUGCAAAACUCCUCUCUCAACUCAAGGUUUCUCUGACAGAAUUUAAAAGUCUUCCUCCUUUAUUUGAAGAAACACCUAAUGCGCUUCAUGAGUUGACAGUAGCAAGGGAUAUAUAUGAGCAUGCAGUUGUUCUUAGUGUGAAGACCGAGGAUCAGGAUGCCUUUGAGAGGGAUUUUUUCCAGCUGAAACCUUACUAUACAGAUGCAUGUGGACGUAUUCCAUCAUCCCCUCAGGAGUACCCCAUCUUAGGUCUCAACCUUUUGAGACUUCUUGUGCAGAAUAGAAUUGCUGAAUUCCACACAGAAUUGGAGUUGCUUUCUGCCACUGCUCUGGAGAAUCCUUGUAUCAAACAUGAUGUGGAAUUAGAGCAAUCCUUUAUGGAAGGAGCUUACAAUCGUGUCUUGAGUGCUAGACAGACAGUCCCUCACGAAACAUACGUUUAUUUCAUGGAUCUACUGGCAAAGACAGUCAGGGACGAGAUUGCUGGAUGUGGUGAGAAGGCAUAUGAUUCUCUUUCAAUUAAUGAUUGCAGACAAAUGUUGCUGUUCUCUUCAGACCAAGAACUUCUUGAAUAUGUCAAGGAGGAGCACCCUGAGUGGGAGUUAAAGAAUGGAUUUGUAAUUUUUCAAAGGGCAAAAGAAUCUGCACCUUGCAAGGAGAUACCGUCUUUGCAACUCAUCAAUCAGACACUGAGUUAUGCAAGGGAGUUGGAGCGGAUUGUUUGAGGGACAUUCUGCUCAAUCAUUGUUUGUUUCCGUACUUCGAAUCCCUAGCGCUUAAACCUGCUAUUUGCCUGGCAGAAGUGUUUAUGUUUGAACUAUAAUUCAGAACCAGGGAUGGUAGUCAGCUUCUACAUUCUCUUGGAAGCAGACAAAUUCUGCACUUGUGUCUUUGGGUUCCGACAAUGCUUUUGUUCAGUAGGGAAAGAAAUUCAAAACAAGUUGCUAUGUUGGAAUAUUCACAGUUUCUUGUCCCUUUUUUCCUGCUUUACCAUGUUGCACAUCUAGUGUCAGGUUCCAACCACUUUGCUCUAUCUAACAUGUGGCUUUAACUCUAUAAUCUGAAGGUGUUUAGUGGCUUGGUUGUGAAAAGCAUAUUAAUCGUCGAACACCGACAUGUGAAGUCUUGUACCCCACUCACCUGCUUGCCCACAAAAAUACGCACUUAUUGUUUCCCAGGGUUUCAAAGAUCAAUUUCAUUCUUCCA